UUUAGCACGACUGUAACAAAACAUGGACACAUGGAGUGAUUAGAAAAAAAUGUAAACAAACAAAAAAAUUUUUGAUAAACAAGCAAUGCGUAACGCAGUUCAAGUGAUCUAUGUUCAAAAUCCAACGGCGCCCCGAUCUUCAGGAAUGAAUUUUCGGUCUUGAUUUCCAUCGUCGAUCGGCUCCUCCUGACCACUUUACCAUAAAGUAUUCUCGAUUAUUUACAUCAUCUGGCUGGAUUUAAUUGCUUCUACGAUGGAAGGUAACAGCAGAAGUAUAUCUGUAAAUGAAGAAAUCAAAGUUUCCAAGCUAAAGGUGAAAGCUGGCACGAUGUUGUACGAUGGUCGAAUCAUACUUAUUUACGAAUCAAUGCACCAAAAAGACGACGAGCCUAAACAAAAGAAAUUGAAAAGCACAGAAGUAGGCAUCGUGAAGAAAAUCUUGGUAAAAGAAGGCGAUAUUGUUGCUGCCGGGUCCAUUAUUGCGGAAUUAGAAAAGAAAUGUAGCCAUCCUACGGUAAUAAAAGAUCUGUGUGCCGAAUGUGGAGCAGAUUUACAGAAAGAAAAUGCUAAAGAAGGAGGCCAAGUUUCGACAGCGUCGGUAUCCAUGGUUCAUAUGGUACCUGAACUUAAAGUUGAUCAAGAACAUGCUCAGAUUCUUGGUAAAGCUGACAUGAAUAGAUUAUUGGAACAGAAAAAAUUGGUUUUAUUGGUUGAUCUUGAUCAAACUCUUAUUCACACAACAAAUGACAACAUUCCUAAUAAUAUUAAAGAUGUUUACCAUUUUCAACUUUACGGUCCUCAAUCAACAUGGUACCAUACCAGACUACGUCCCGGUACACACGAAUUUCUCAAAACUGUCAGCGAAAAAUACGAAUUACAUAUUUGUACAUUCGGCUCUCGCAGAUACGCGCAUACCAUAACUCGAUUCUUAGAUCCGGAUGGCAAAUUAUUCUCUCACCGAAUACUCUCACGUGACGAAUGUUUCGAUCCUAAUUCAAAAACAGCUAAUUUAAAAGCUUUGUUUCCUUGCGGCGAACAAAUGGUCUGUAUUAUCGACGAUCGAGAGGAUGUUUGGGACCAUGCAUCUAAUCUGAUUCACGUAAAACCGUAUCAUUUCUUUCAACAUACCGGAGAUAUCCACGCUCCUCCUGGUUUAACGAAAUGUGAAAACGAUGAUGAAAAACAAGGAUACGAUUUUUCACAGCUCAAUGAAAAUCAGACAAAUGAUGCGGAGAAAUCGGAUACCGAUGAAAAAGCAGGCGAUCCUGAGGAGAAUAAAACAGAAAAUGGCGAAGAGGGUGUAAAAAGCUCCGAUGAUGUGGUCGAUCACCCUGUGAAUCAAAAUCAAAACGGAGAAUCAACUGUAGACGACAAAAGUACUGGAGAUCUCGAUAAACAAAAUGAUGAAGCCCCAAUCACAGAUGUUGAAAUGAAAGAUUUGGAUUCCGAAUCUGAUAAACCCCUAGUCAUGGAUGUGUCGCCAGAUGAACCGGUCUUAAAUUCCGAUAAGCUCGUUAAUUCUGAUGGUUUGGCUCAUGAAGCGAAUUCAAAACUCGAUACAGCUUCAAUUACCGAUACUGUUCUGCCAAAUGACGAAAAUAUCGAAUCUGCUGAAAUCCAACCUACCGAAGUUGUGAUGGAAAACAAGGAGGAUUCCAAACCUGACAAAACUAUGGAUACCGAGACGGUUUUAGAAUCUAAUGAAACCGCAGAAACCGAAGUUAUUUUGGAAAACAAGAAUCCUACGUCUGAUGAAAUUCCAGUCAUCGAUGUUGUGGAAACCACUGAGGAAUCUAAACCUGAUGAAACUCCAGUCUCGGAGAAUGCUUUAGAAACUCCUGAGGAAUCUAAACCUGAUGAAACACCGGUCUCGGAGAAUGCUUUGGAAACCCCUGAGGAAUCUAAACCUGAUGAAACUCCAGCCUCGGAGAAUGCUUUGGAAAGUAACGAAAAUUCCAAACCUGAUGAAAGCACCGUUGGAAAUUCAACUCCAACGGAACCUGCUACCGAAAUUACACCUCCCGAAGAAACCCCCAAUGUUCCUGAACCUGGCGAACCUAUACCAGAAAAAGAUUCCACAGACGCCCCAGAUCUCUCAAACAAACCUCCAGAACCCAGCUCGAAACCACCCUUUGAACCUGCUCCCGAAGGAGUCCAAGUACCCGCAACUAUCCCCAAACCGCUACUAGACGAGCACGGUUUCGUCAUCAUAGAAGAAACAGACGACUACUUAUUGUACUUGGAGGAAAUUCUGAAAACUAUCCACGCAGAAUUUUUCAAACGUUUAGAAGCUACCAGUAUAAUCCCAGAUUUAAAAGAACUCAUACCGGAAGUGAGAGCGAAAGUUUUGGAAGGUGUCAGCAUCGUGUUCAGUGGCAUCAUUUCGAACAAAGUACAAUUGGAGAAAAGCUCGGCUUACAAAAUCGCUCGAUCUCUGGGAGCUAAAGUUACUCAAAAUAUCGAAAACAGUACCACGCAUUUGGUAGCUUUGAGAUCCGGUACAGCCAAAGUGCACGCUGCUUAUCGUAGACGAAAUCUAAAGCUGGUUACUCCCGAAUGGUUAUGGACGUGCGCGGAACGAUGGGAAAAGGUAGACGAACGCAUGUUCCCUUUAAGAAACGCUGUAUUUAAUAACGAAUCUAGAAAACCACCGGAUCAUUGCCGAAGCCCCGAACACCCCGAACCGUUACCAUAUCAAAUUACCAACAACGUGAAUUCCAAUCAAGCUGCUGGGUUCAUGUAUAGCUUCAAUCCAUUGAUGUCUUUGUCUUCGGAAGAUAUCGAGUCGAUGGCCGGUGAAGUUGAAGAUAUAUUUAAAGAAUCAGAUGGCGAAGCUGACGGAGCCGAUGAUGCGUUCAGAUCGGACGAUGAAGAUGAUUCCAACGAUGCAACUCAAGUUAACGCUGGUAGAAAGAGGAAAAUGGAAAACGAGUCCAGUUCUAGUUCGCAAGAAGAAGAUGAAUCGAGAUUCGAAAAAUUCUCCAAAAUCAGAAAACGCAAAAGACGUAAACAAGUCGAAGACGAUUUCGAUUUCGAUAAAACGCUAGAUGAUGAUGAAGAUGGCGAAGACGAUGAAGAUGAAAAAGAAGGCGAAGAUUCCGACGACGACGACGAUGAUACCAUAAGUACGAGAUUUCGUCGAGGUGAAAAACUACCCAGUGAUUUAGAUAUCGAUUACAAUACAGAGGAAGGUACCGAAGAAGAACGGGAGAGCGAUGGCGAAUGGAACGUUAUGGGGGCUGCUCUAGAAAGAGAAUUUCUAGAAGGCGAAUAGAAAAGUAUUUAAAUAUUGACUUCGGAAACCACCGAAAAUAUUUUAUUUACAUUUUUACUAGUCUCACGUUGUUGUCGCCAUUUUUAUAAUUGUAUGUAUUUAUUAUACUACCUAUGUAGAAAUUUGAUAUUUCUUCUUCGUGUGUUUCUUGAAUUUAUGUAUUUAUCAUUCAUUUUCGAUGAAUAAAAUAAGAUUGUUGUGCCUAUUAUGUAAAUCGAAGUAAUAUAAUAUCUUUUUUGUAA